AUGGCUGACAUACCUGCGGAACUGACUUGCUCUCGCAUUGACUGCGAUUAUCACUGCAUCUUCUACAAGCUGUACUGGCGACAGCUCUCGCUCGGCAAGGCUACUGAAACCAAUGCGGGAGCGUGGCACAGCGACGAUGCGGUGGGCGUCGUGCAGACGCUGACACUGGUUGAGCACAGCGUAGAAUGGACCAAGUACUCACGGUUUUGGAGCGACAAGACUCGGACGAUACGCGACGCGACCAACGUCGUCCCGUUCGCGCUCGACUGCCACGGCCACGGCGUGAGUGUCGCCGACCCGACCCUUGCUCACGGCCUCGACGAAAGCCUCUCGGUCAUCUACCACCACUACGAUUCGCGCCAGAGCUCCGUCGGUGAACAUGUCAUGGACUGGCUUAGCGGCAGCAAGACAAAGGGCCUCGAGGAGACCGAGCGCAUGCUGUUAGAGGGCACGCGCGUCACCGCCGUCGGUGAGAUCGCCAUCGACGGCGACGUCGUAGUGCGUCCGCCGUCAUGCGGCGCCCUCUACAUCGUCACGACGCUCUCGCACUCCGAGCUGAUGCGGUCGUUCGAGGGGAAGUCGCGCUGGUUUCGUUUCUUCGCCGUCGCCGCGGGCGUCGUCGGUGUCGGUCUCGCCGUCGUCGUCGCCGAGCGCAGCUACCGUGCGUGGCGCAUCCGCUCGGACGCGCGCCGCAACCGCGAGCGCGCAGAGGAGCGCCGGCGCCAUCUGGCGGCGGGGAGUGUCGAGCGGCAGGAGCGGCGCGCCGCGGCGCUGGAGCCGUGCGUCGUGUGCAUGGAGAAUCCGCGCGAGUGCGUGAUGCUGGAGUGCGGACACAUCUGCCUGUGCUACGACUGCGUCGAGCAGCUACCGACGAUGCACUGUCCCGUGUGCCGCGCCGACGUGUCGCGCAUCGUGCCGACGUUCCUCUCGUGAGCACGUUCGCUUGUUUCGCGCUGGCGUUCGCCGCGUGAGGACGUUCGCUUGUUUUGCGUUGGCGUGCCGACGUUCAUCUCGCGAGCACGUUCACUUGUUGUAGGCUGGCUGAUGCAAGGAUUGCGGAAGGUUCUUGUCGUAAGGCGCUCACUUGUUUUGUGCCAGUUAAAUUGCGGUCCUCUCCUGGAGCAUUCGCUUUUGUUCGUGCGCCACACGGAUUGUGAUACUAUCUUGUCAUGAAGGUGUUCGCUUGUUUUGCACCGGUGCACCAAUCACACAGUACGUAGAAAUUCUAAUUCUAAAAUAUAAAUUUAUUUUUGGGGUUGAAUUUGUACAGGCACAUGAAGCAUUGUUAUUCGUAGCUGUUAGACGAAUCGGAGAUAAUUCAGUCAUUUUUCUAGAAACCUACCAGCAGUAACAAGUGCGUGAGUAUUGGACUGUGUGUGUGUUCACAACAAGCGCUGUAUUUUUUGUAGGAAAUGGUCAUGUGAUAUAUAAAUAAAUGCAACAGCUGUCUAGCUGCGUAUAAUAUAACCUUCA